UGGGCUAAACUUUCGCUUAUUUCUGAAAUUCUCUCUUCCAGAUGGAUCCGAGUGAGGUGACAAAUAUGCUGGAGCCGGCUGGACAUUCCCAGCGGGGGAGUGUGUCGUCUUCUGCAGUUAGACACUCUGAGGUCCUGAUUUAUUUGGUGAACAACUCGGUCAUUCAGCUGUCUGUGGAGAGUCUGUCGUCUCUCACAGCAGGGGAGCUGGCCAGGACGGUUCGGGAGGCGUUGCGAUUACCCGAUCAGGCUCACGAGGUUUUCUCAUUCUGGCUCAUCUCGCCCUUCCUUGAGCUGCAGCUGAAACCCAAACACUGUCCGUACAAACUCUGCCGGCAGUGGCCCGACCUCCUAUACCGCUUCACGAAGUGUUCAGCCGACGAAAUUGUUCACGAUGAACCAACCUUACAGUAUCGGAAGAAUGUAUUCUUUCCCAAGAGCAAAGAGAUGCAGAUCCAGGACGACGGUAUUCUCCGAUUGUUGUAUGAAGAGGCUAAAUGUAAUAUUCUGGAGGGCAGGUAUCCCUACGACUUGGAAGACUGUCUUCAACUGGGGGCCCUUGCUUGUCGAAUAGAGUUCGGCCCCUUUGACCUGGAGCAGCAUAAUCUGGCCUUCCUCAGGGGGAAAAUUGAAACUCUGCUCCCCGCGCACCUGUGCAAGAAGCACGGCGGGCUGUUGGCGGCCUUCCGACCGCGAGGAGCCAAGCACCACAGCUAUGAAGAGAUGCUGCUCGAGUCAUUCAGGCAGCUGGUGGAGGCUGCUGCAUGUGAGGAGACGGGGGCACUGAAGCUGCUCUACCACCAGUAUCUACAGAAGUGUCACAUACUGCUUUAUUACGGCUCUGCAAUGUUCACCGGCCAGAUUGACAAACCCGUUCAGAGUUUUCUCCAGCGGAAUGGACGUAAACCUGUAACGAUAGCGAUCAGCCUGGAUGGUGUAUCUGUCAUGGACAGUAAGGAAAAGUGUGUGCUGUUGGCUCUGUGCUAUCAUGAGCUCUCCUGGGAAUAUACCUCCUCUGAGGACGAAGACACUGAUGACAUCUUGUGGCUGGAAUUCGAUGGAGAGGAGGGGGGAGCUAUUGUGAACAAGCUUCUGAAGAUAUAUUCUAAACAGGCAGAGCUGAUGAGCGGGAUGAUCGAGUACUGCAUCGACUUCAACGGCGCCGCCGAGACGCCGCCAGCGCAGGACGCCGUCGUCGCCAAGCCGCCACGGCCAAAGGAGAAGCGCGGCAAGCUGAAGCGGCAGAACAGCGUGGUGUGCAACCAGAUCCACCAGCUCUUGACCAUCGACUAUGUGGAGGAGGGCAAAGAAAUCAAGCGGGUGAAACCCAAGAGAGCCGCCUCGUUCUUCACAAGGCAGGUGUCGCAGGGACCGGCCUCGUACAGUACUGUGGCCAUCUCGGAGACGCUGGAGCAGGGCUGAGGUGGCCGACUUGGAAAUGGACGCUCCCCUGGGAAAUGAAAACAAGGACCGACAAGCUGGGGAAGG